ACAGGAAGUCCUGCGCUGCUUCCGAGAUCGCGUUGACAAACACACACGUGUGUGCCCAGCAGCAUGGAUCUUAACAAGUGGUGUAAUCUAAAAUCCGAACCGAGUUUAAAAAACCUGACAGAAGCAGGGUUCGGUGUCCCAAAGGAAAAACAGCACGUUCCCGUGCAGGAACUGGUGAAGGCGCACAUUGAGUCCUUUGAUCAGGCAGUUACUGAUGGAUUAUGUCGGGUUGUGGAGGCUAUUCCUCCUAUGGAGUUCAUGUACAAGGGAGACAGAAUCAGUCUGUCGUUUGUGGAGGCCAUCAUUCACACGCCAGCAGUUUCUAAAGGAGGAAUCAGCAAAGACCUAAGGGUCUUCCCUGCUGAAUGCAGAGGCAGGCGCUGUACAUACAAAGGAAAGCUAGUGGCAGAUGUGAGUUGGUCUAUUAAUGGCAUUCCCAAAGGAAUCAUCAAACAGUCUCUGGGUCAAGUGCCGAUCAUGGUCAAAUCGAAACUUUGCAACCUUUAUGGUCUUUCACCCAAAGAACUCAUUGAGCAUCACGAAGAAGCUGAGGAAAUGGGCGGCUAUUUCAUCGUUAACGGCAUAGAGAAGGUGAUUCGUCUUCUGAUCAUGCCGAGGAGGAACUAUCCCAUCACAGUAUCUAGACCUAAGUUUAAGAGCAGGGGACAGGGCUACACUCAGUACGCUAUUUCAAUGUACUGCGUAAGAGAUGAACACACAUCUAUUAACAUGAAUCUUCACUACCUGGACAAUGGAACGGUGAUGGUGAAUUUCAUUUACAAGAAGGAGCUGUUCUUUCUGCCCUUGGGCUUUGCACUGAAGGCUCUAGUGGACUUCUCCGAUUACCAGAUUUACCAGGAGCUGAUUAAAGGUCGAGAGGACAACUCUUUCUUUAAAAGUUGUGUCUCAGAAAUGCUGCGUAUGGUCAUGGACCAGGGCUGCAUGACUAAAGCCAAGGUGCUCAAUUACCUGGGCGAGCGUUUCCGGGUCAAGCUCAACCUCCCAGAGUGGUUCACUCACGAGCAGUGCGCUCACUUCCUGUUAGAUGAAUGUCUCUGUAUUCACCUGAAGUCAGAUGUGGAGAAGUUUUACAUGUUAUGUCUGAUGACACGGAAGCUCUUCACCUUUGCCAAGCAGGAGUGUAUGGAGGAAAGCCCUGACAGUCUGAUGUUCCAGGAGGUUCUGACACCAGGCCGGUUCUACCUCAUGUUCCUAAAAGAGAAAAUGGCAGGUUGGUUGGUAUCUGUAAAACUGGCCUUGGAAAAGAGGAGUCAGAGAGUGGGAGGACUGACUGCGGAUAGUAUGACCAAACUCUUCAACAUGGGGACAGAUCUCACCAGAGCUUUCGAGUAUCUGUUAGCCACAGGAAACCUCCAGUCUAAGACAGGUCUGGGCAUGCUGCAGAACACUGGACUGUGUGUCGUGGCAGAUAAGCUGAACUUCAUCCGUUACCUCGCUCAUUUCCGCUGCGUGCACAGAGGAGCCGCCUUCGCCAAGAUGAGGACCACUUCUGUGAGAAAGCUGCUGCCGGAGUCCUGGGGUUUCCUGUGUCCGGUACACACUCCUGACGGAGAACCGUGCGGCCUUAUGAACCACAUGACAGCCCACUGUGAGAUUGUGGCUCCAGUAUAUUCCACAACAACCCUGCCUUCCCUGCUCUGCUCUCUGGGUGUAACUGCGGCAGAUGGGAACCCCGGUCAGCCAUAUUCAGAUUGUUAUCCCGUCAUACUGGACGGGGCCAUGAUUGGCUGGGUGGAAAAAGAAGUGGCACCAUCAGUUGUUGAAUCCCUUCGCAGAUUUAAGGUACUGGGAGAGAGAAAAAUUCCGCCCUGGACUGAGAUCGUUCUGGUUCCUCAGACGGGUAAAGCCAGCAUGUAUCCUGGCCUCUAUCUGUUUACCACACCCAGUCGCAUGGUGCGGCCCGUCCGGAACCUCGGCCUGGGCAAACAGGAGCUUAUUGGCACCUUUGAGCAGGUGUUUCUAAAUGUGGGGAUCUUGGAGGAAGAGCUAGAGGAGGGAGUGACCACACAUCAAGAGCUGUUUCCUCACAGCAUGUUGAGUGUGGUGGCCGAAUUCAUCCCUUUCUCAGAUCACAAUCAGAGCCCUAGAAAUAUGUACCAGUGCCAGAUGAGUAAACAGACAAUGGGCUUCCCGCUGCAUUCGUACCAGGAACGAUCUGACAAUAAACUGUACCGUCUACAGACCCCCCAGAGUCCUCUGGUCAGACCUGCGAUGUACGACCACUAUAACGUGGAUAAUUACCCUAUUGGCACCAAUGCCAUAGUGGCUGUCAUUUCUUACACUGGCUAUGAUAUGGAAGACGCUAUGAUUGUUAAUAAGUCCUCAUGGGAGCGUGGCUUUGCUCACGGUUCGGUUUAUAAGUCUGACCUCAUAGACCUGUCUGAUAAGGUCAAAGGUGAUGACAGCAUUGUGUUUGGGGUGAAGCCAGGUGACCCCAAAGUAAUGGACAGACUGGAUGCAGACGGACUGCCGUUUAUCGGCUCCAUGCUGAAGUAUGGAGACCCUUACUACAGCUACAUCAAUCUGAAUACUGGCCAGAGUUACGUGACUUUUUACAAGUACCAGGAGAGCUGUAUUGUGGACAAUAUCAAAGUGUGCAGUAAUGACACGGGAACUGGCCGCUUCAAGCGCAUUUGUAUCACAUGCCGCGUUCCCAGAAACCCCACCAUCGGAGACAAAUUCGCCAGCAGACAUGGUCAGAAGGGAAUCCUGAGCCGCCUGUGGCCCGCGGAGGACAUGCCCUUCACCGAGAGCGGCAUGUGCCCAGACAUCCUGUUCAACCCGCACGGCUUCCCCUCUAGAAUGACCAUCGGGAUGCUGAUCGAGAGCAUGGCUGGAAAAUCGGCCGCCCUCCACGGCCUGUGUCAUGAUGCCACACCAUUCAAGUUCUCAGAGGAGAGCUCUGCGCUCGAGCACUUCGGCGAGAUGCUGAAAGCUGGCGGAUACAACUACUACGGCACGGAGCGACUCUACUCCGGCAUUAGCGGCUUGGAGCUCGAAGCGGACAUCUUCAUCGGUGUGGUUUACUACCAGCGCUUGCGUCACAUGGUCUCCGACAAGUUCCAGGUGAGAACUACGGGAGCUAGAGAUAAAUUGACUAAUCAGCCGCUGGGUGGAAGGACCGUUCAGGGAGGAAUCCGCUUCGGAGAGAUGGAACGGGACGCACUGCUGGCUCACGGGACCUCGUUCCUGCUUCACGACCGGCUGUUUAAUUGCUCGGACCGCUCCGUGGCGCAGGUUUGCAUGGACUGCGGUAGCCUGUUGUCGCCGCUUCUGGAGAAGCCGCCUCCUCAUUGGUCAAAUACACGCCAUCGGAAAACCAUCUGCUUGCUGUGCAAUAAGAGCGACUCUAUUGAGACUGUGUCCGUUCCUUAUGUGUUUAGAUACUUUGUGGCAGAGCUUGCGGCAAUGAACGUUAAGAUCAAAUUAGAUGUCAAGUAAAAUUCUUUGACUGUAUCUUUCUUUGCAUAGAUGGAAAAUAAAGUGCCUGAACAUAUAACUUUAUUCACUUGAGUGUUCACACCUUGGUCGUUGCAUGAAAUAUAUCAGGAUUGGUGAGCAGUACCACAAUUUAUUUUUUAUCAAUAGCAGGAUUAAUGUGGACUGUUUAAACUUGUCAAGGUCAUGUAUAGGAAUUGGAGCCAAAAAAAAUUUAACAAUUAACAAUUUAUUUUUUUUACUUUUUGUGUUCUUUUGAGGAAGCACUCCACAUCCCAUCAGUUGUUCACAAUUACUAAAAAUAAUAUUUAGUAACAUUUGACUAUUACAAAACUGUACAGAAUGUGUCUCUAUACUACUAAUAAAUAAUUACACUGAUUAAGUCUUGCAAGCUUUAAGUACACGAUUCUGAGUCCUUUUUUUUGACCAGUUAAUUAAAAAAAAUACAAACUCUGUCCAAAUGAUUCUCGGUUCGAAGUUCCGAUCUAAAUCAAGUGAUUCGCUAACCCGCUCCAAAGUUCCGAUCUAAAUCAAAUGAUUCACAAACUUUGGAGUCCCAAUCUGAAUUAAAUGAUUCACAAACCCGCUUCGAAGUUCUGAUCUGAAGCAAAUGAUUCACAAUCAGUCCCGAUCUGAAUAGUGAUUGAUUUGCGAACACUGAUUUCAUAUCGUGACUUAGGAGUGACUCUGAAGUUUCGAUCUGAAUCGAAAGAUUGACAAAACCACUGCGAAGUUCCAUCUGAACCAAAUUAUUUGCGAACCACACACCGAAGUCCCGAUCUGAAUCAAUUAAUAAAUGAUUAACGGUCCACACUCUGGAGUUACGAUCUGAAAGAAAAUAAAAAAUUGCGAACAAGCUCCAAAGUCCCGAUCUAAAUGAUUCACAACGCUUGGUAGUCCCGAUCUGAAUAAUGAUUCGCGACGCGAACCAUCAUUUCAGUUCGGAGCACGGAUCGCGAAUCAUUCAAUUCACGAAAUGAUUCGCGAACCCGUUCCGAGGAACCCACGAUCUGAAUCAAAUCAAUCGCAAAACGCGAUCCGAUUAGAGCGUUUCGAAACAGUGAAUCAUUUUGCGACACAGUGGUUUAACUGAUUCUGAGUUUCGAAAAGCUCCGUUUCAUCACCAUACGUGCUUUUUAAAAUCAUUACAAGCGAUAUCGAAAUUCGACAAUGAAAUGCUCUUUUGAUCUGUUUUGUUGCUAGUGAAUUGAUCGAAGUCACGAGUUUGAAUCAAUCGGAGCGGUUCCAACGUAAAUGACUCACUCAAUUGAAUCGAAUUAGCUGUUCCUCUGCUUUUCGCGUCUGGUCUUCGGACAUUUUUACACGACACUAUCAGUACAACUACUGGCUUCU